AUGACGGGGUUCUUGGGCGCGAUUCCAGAAGUACUGGAAGAAGAAAACAUGGAGUGCCUUUCCACUCGCACGUCGGCCCUGUACACUUUUCGAUCGCUUGGCGCGCCAGAUCUUGUUCAACUAACCAAAACCACCAAGACCAAGGAGUCGUCGACAUAUCACUACACCACCGGUAUUGACGUUUCUAGUUCUGCUGCUAUCGCUGCCCAUCUGAAUACUUUAACAUUCACUCUUGGUGAGUCCCAAGUCUGGUUCGGGCGGACUCCCGGAUGGAAAAUUGCCGCUGGAACAUAUUGCUCCUACAAUGCCUUUUCAAAGUUGGAUAUUCGUGUUAACGCAAAAAUUCCUGGAUCUGUGGAGGCUGUUGCGCUCGACCUCCGCGGCGAAGAACACAAAGUUGCCGAUCACCACUGGCGAGAGGUUUAUAUGAGCGCUAUGAUGAGAGCGAUGCUUUUGAAAGAUUCCGACCAGUAUUUUGUUGCUAGUUGCCGCCAUGAGAAUCCUCUUUCUAGUCCUCGCGAGGCAGCGCAGUUUUUCGAUGCGUUUGAGCAGUUAUUCCUGGCUGGCCCACAGGUUGGUGCUUCUUACCUCGUUCAAUCACCCAGUCUUGAGUGCAAUUUCAUGGUCGAUACCUUCCUCAAAGUUUUGGAAGUCACUGGUGAGUUCAAAUUAGCGGAACAAUGCCUCGAGCGUUUGGCAAAGUACCACUCUGCGGCAAAGACUCUCCUGGCGAAGGUGCUAAUUAUGAGUGAAAAAGAAAUCGACGCAGUGAAGACGAUGGUCGCUGGAGUAAAAUCCGAUCCACGUGAUGCGCAGAUGUUGGCGCUGGAAGCCGAGUUCUGUUUGAAAAAGGGUCGUCUUGAUCUGGCCCAUGACUCUGGUUUGCGGUCGGUCGCUGCUGCUCCGGUAGAGUUCUUCUCCUGGGACGUUUUGACCCAGGUUUAUAUCGCUGAGGAAAACUAUGAACAAGCUCUUUUGACUUUGAACUCAGCUCCGUUGCAGCAGAGUGCGCCUAUGGAUACCAUAAGGAUGCCGCUCGCCAAGAAAAUUCACUCGCCUCUGCCAACCGAUGGUGUCAUUGACGAAGUCUGGGCAGUAGAUUCGAACGACGACUCCGAGACAGCCGAUGCUUCGCUUUUGAGACUUCCAGCGAGUGGCCUGAAAGGGUCGGCCCUUCGUGCCUUCGAUCUACUUGGUAUGAUAUUCCAAAAAGUCGGAUGGCCGGGACUCAUGAGAUAUCGUGGAGAGGUGUUCCUCAUGGAAACCGAAGCCAAUGCUAAAAGCAAAGAGACCACUCCUGACACAAAGACCAUAAACCCCGAUGAAACACAACCUAAGGAAACUGACAAUGGCUCAACCGGCGAAACCGUUUCAAAUGGUAACGGCCAUUUGGAAAGCACUGAAGCACCUACAGCUCGCAAAAUGUCUACAACCGCGAGCCGUAACAUAAAAUCCAAACGCCUGUGCGAGCGGAGACUUGAUUCGCUGUUCAUGGUUCUCUACGAAGAUGUGAGGGCAUACUCGGACUGGCAACGGGAACUCGUCCACCGUGAGUCACAACAAUUGCCCUUCAACAAAACCUCACUUGAGUGGGAGGUAUUUGGCUCAGUUGCACAGAGACUCGGCCAUGAACCUCAGGCAAUUCAAGCUUUCCAGAAGUCACUAGAAAUGCGUUUCUCUCACCGAGUGGCUUGGAAGCUGCUUGAGCAUUAUUAUAAAGUUAGGGACUAUACAAAGGCGUUGGAGCUCAUUGUUAAGCUAACAGCAUGGAACCAUCGGUGGUACAUUGAAUUUUCGCCUCGUUUGAGCGAACUGUUCCGUGGAAUUGUCGCCCGUGAAGGUCUCACCAAGGUUCAGUCUAUCGUUAACGCCGCAUUUUCCCGGACAGGAGCGCUCGUACUGACCGAGAAACUGCUUGCAGACAUCAAGGCCUUCAAAUCGCCUGGUACAGAAUUGUAG